CGUCGAGCCCUCAAUCAUCAGCAUCCCUUUCCAUUUCCCAAAGCUGUGCGCUCAUCGCAGACCUUUUCUGACACUAUUGAUCCCACCAUCCACUUUGAAGAUUAGGCAAACCGCAAUCGAGGCCUUGCUAUUACUCCUUCCUGCUCGGGCACUCGCACUCGUUAUGACGAUUCGAGCAACCAAAUUCACCCCAGAGGUUCUCCUCAGUGCGCCUCGUCGGUCCGCAGGCAUUCCGAAUUCAGCCGGCUCCAAGAUCUUGUAUAGUGUGUCGACAUACUCCUUUGCCGAUCACUCCAAGAAGUCCGAGAUCCGGAUUCUGGACGUAGAAAGCCAGCAAACAUCACUGAUUUCAGAUGAAUCUUCCGCUAAUGAUCCGCAUUGGCUGGGUGAUGACGCGAUUUUACUCUUGAAUUCGGGAGAGGAUGGCACAACACGUGUCCGUGUUGGAGGGGCUGAUGAUUUCAGCAAUAGUAGCUAUGUCGCUGGAACAAUUCCCGCUCCAGCAGGAAACGUUAAGGUUCAUGCUCUGGAUAACGGAGACUUCGCUUUUGCAAUCUCAGCAAAGGCGACCCCAGACGGUGACUUCUUCAAUCCCGAGACCGCCAAGAAGCCUCAUACUAGUGGGAGACUCUACAAGACUCUUUUCGUCCGUCACUGGGAUCACUAUGUUACUGAAAACCGCAGCAACAUCUGGCUGGGUAAGCUUCAGAAAAAGGAUGGGAAAUUUGAGCUGUCCAAACUGCAAAAUGCAUUGAAAGGAACAAGUCUAGAGUCUCCCAUUGAACCAUUCGGAGGCACAGAUCAUUUCGACAUUAGCAGUUCCGGCCUCAUUUUCACCGCAAAAGACCCGGGUCUUAACCCAGCCUUGCACACAAAGACAAACAUCUACCUCGUCACGGCUCCCUCUUUCUGGAAUAAUAUAUUUACUAACGACAGUCCCUCACCCAUAAAGGUUGACAUCUACGGCUUCGAGGGUGCAAGUACAAGCCCAGUAUUCUCGCCGGAUGGGAAGAAGGCGGCUUUCUUAUCCAUGAAGAAAGACGGCUACGAGUCCGAUAAAAACCAUAUCUUCAUCAUUCCGGACAUCUCUAGACCUUCGUGGGUAGUUCACGCCCUUGCAUCCGAAGACGGGAAGGGAAGCUGGGAUCGCAGUCCUUCAUCGAUCAUCUGGAGCCCUGAUAGAGAAUCACCUCUCUACCUUCUUGCCGAAGACCAUGGGCGAGUUUGUCUCUUUGCGGCAGACUUUAAGGCCCAUGGUGGACUAGCUGAUCCUGAAAUGAUCGUAAAAGGAGGUUCCAUAAUAGAUGUCCAAGCCUUGGGGAGUGGAGAUCUAUUCUUCUCUUCCACGAGCCUGAUCGACAACAGUCUCUACUCUAUCCUCCCUCUUCAAAGCCGAAAGCAAGAAAUUGUUUACUCCCUCCCCGACGACUACUUCUCAUCUAACGCUACAAGCACAAAAUACAUAUCCUCCCAAUCCAAGAAUGGCGCCAUGUUCGGGCUCUCGCGGAAACAGAUCGACGAAAUCCACUGGCCAGGCGCAGCCAAGAAUACGUCGGUCCACGCGUGGGUAAUAAAACCGAGCCAUUUCAACUCGAAGGAGAAGUACCCUCUUGCGUAUCUCAUUCACGGUGGCCCACAAGGCGCAUGGGAAGAUGGGUGGAGCACGCGUUGGAAUCCCGCCGUCUUUGCUGAACAGGGCUAUGUGGUGAUUUGUCCGAACCCGACUGGUAGCACCGGAUACGGGCAAGCUUUUACAGAUGCGAUUGGCGGCGAAUGGGGUGGUCUUCCAUACGAAGAUCUUGUUAAGGGAUUCUCCUGGAUCGAGAAGAAUCUCCACUACGUCGACACUAAACGCGCCGUUGCGCUGGGCGCUUCAUACGGUGGUUAUAUGAUGAACUGGAUUCAAGGUCACCCCCUCGGCCGCAAAUUCUUAGCCCUCGUCACCCACGACGGCGUCUUCAGCAUGACGGGCCAACUCGCGUCAGAAGAACUCUACUUCCCCUUCCAUGACCUGAAAGGCCCGCUCUGGAAAAACCGUGAGUCCUGGGCAAAAUGGGAUCCGUCCGCAUUCACAGAAAACUGGGCCACUCCGCAUCUCAUCAUCCACAAUGAGCUGGAUUAUAGGUUGACGAUUAGCGAAGGGUUGGCCGCGUUUCAUACGCUUCAGAGUAGAGGCGUUGAGAGUCAGUUUUUGACGUUCCCGGAUGAGAAUCAUUGGGUGGUGAAGCCGGAGAAUAGUUUGUUGUGGCAUGAGACGGUAUUGGAUUGGAUUAACCCGAGGGUGGGGUUGCCGCUGUAUUCGGAAAGUAGGAAGACGAAGGAGUGGAAGGUUACAGUCCAGCAAAAGGAAUAGAAGAGUCAGGAUAUGUCGUUUGGGCAGAAAAAAGGAUUCGAGUUUUGUUUUGUCACAAGGAUCGAGAAGUGAUUUCUUUUCAACUUCAAUAGAGGUAUGCAAC